AUGGUAGCACAGGAACAGCUUCACGUCCAUGCUGUUGCCUUGUCUCCAAAAACCGCGAGUGAAAUUGCUGCUGCUAAAGCUGAGCUGGUAGAACCGCUGUCGAAAGCGUUCGCAAAUUCCACGUUCACUAAGGAACAGCAGACUCGUAUUUUGGACCUGUGCGCAAAAUAUCGUCCCGUUUUUUCGCUGAAUCGUAAGGAGCUUGGUAAAUGCACAACUGCUCAAGCCACGUUUCCUAUGCCGCCUAACACAAAACCGGUUAACCGUCGUCCCUACCGCGCAAACCCGCACACUGAAGCCGUUAUCCAAACGUGCGUUAAGGACAUGCUUGACGAUGACAUCAUCGAAGAGCUGCCUAGUCAGUGGGGUUCCCCCGUUACUCUCGUCGCGCGUAAAGAUGGUAAACCUCGUUUUUGCGUCGAUUUCCGAAGCACCGUCAACAAGCACCUCAUUCGCAAGACCUGGCCUCUAGCGAACAUGGAGUCCAACCUUGACUCUGUCGGCAGCGCCAAGUUCAUCAGCGUUGCAGACGUCCAGUCAGCGUACUGGCAGAUUCCUGUUCAUCCUGACCACGUCGAAAGGACAGCCUUUGUCACCAACUCUGGCAAGUACUGUUACAAGCGGAUGCCGUUUGGUGUUUGUAAUGCCCCAUGGAUUUUUACUGAGAUGGCCCAUAAAACGUUAGGUCAUAUUCCCGAAUUGUUGAUUUACAUGGAUGAUUUCUGUGUGCUUUCAGCAACUUUCGAGAAUCAUAUGAAGUCUUUGGAGAGCAUGUUCGUAGCUCUCCAAGCAGCAGGUCUGACAUUGAAACCUUCGAAGAUUUCGUUUGGCCCCAAGUCCAUCGAGUAUUUGGGACAUAUUAUUUCGGCUGAAGGUAUUUCUGUCGGGAAGGAUCGUAUCAAAGCCGUCCAAAACCUUCCUACUCCUCGUUGCCUGAAAGAUCUUCGCUCAGUACUCGGGGUGGUUAAUUUUGUGCGCCGGUUCAUACCGGAUUAUGCAGAAAUAACCAAUCCGUUGGUGGAGUUAACUCGCAAAGAGUACGCCACAAAAUCACGUUUCGUAAAAGCUUGGAACAAAUCGCACGACGCAUCGUUCGCUCAUCUAAAGCGGUUAUUAACUUCAGCGCCCGUUCUACACUUCCCAGACUUCGAUCGGGAAUUCGUAGUUCAUGUGGAUGCAUCCGAACAUGGGUGUGGCGCGUUUCUUGCCCAGCCGUCCAAGGCUGAUCCAGAGUCUCUUGACAUGAUUGCGCCGUUAUAG